AAUUUUGUAGACACAUUUAGUUGUCGACCGAACUGCAAGCGCAACGCGUGAAAGUAAAAAAUUAAUUACGCGCACAGAUUUUAGAGCAAAUACAUAAUAGUAGUAUGGCUGCUCCGCUGCUAUGGCAAAAUUUCAAGAUGUUUGUCAACCGAUAUCCCAUAGUGCGUGGCAUGAUAUCUUACAGCCUGAUCUGGCCCAGUGGCAGCCUGAUACAGCAAACAUUUGAGGGCAAAAGCUGGGGCAACUAUGAUUGGUGGCGCGUUUUGCGUUUCAGCAUGUACGGCGGACUAUUUGUGGCGCCAACGCUUUACGGCUGGGUUAAGAUAUCCAGCGCCAUGUGGCCACAGACAACACUACGUACAGGUAUUAUCAAGGCAGCUGUGGAAACGGUAUCCUAUACACCCGCUGCCAUGACAUGUUUUUACUUUAUCAUGAGCUUGCUGGAGUCGAAAACAGUGCGCGAGGCUGUAGCCGAGGUUGGCAAAAAGUUUGUGCCCACCUAUAAAGUAGCUUUAGCCGUUUGGCCGCUGGUGGCCACCAUUAAUUUUUCUCUUAUACCUGAACGCAAUCGUGUGCCUUUUAUCAGCGCCUGCAGCCUUUGUUGGACAUGUUUUCUGGCUUAUAUGAAGCACUUGGAGCAUCAUGAAGUUGAUACAGCAAUUUAAUUUAAAUUUAAUUGUUUGUUUUAGUGUUUAUGCUUGUAAUAA